CAUCGUGUGCUUCGAGCUCAAGCAGUUCACGCGGUGAUCUCCUCCAACCACAUCCUGGCAUUCAGUGAGAGCGACUGCGAUCUUUCUUUUCACUCUCCUUCAUCAUCAUCAUCAUCGAUAUAGAUGAUUAAACACCCUCCUCUUGUCUGUUUGCUGUAGUUAUAUCAUGCGGAUGUCCUAAAUAUAUUUUAGCUGCAUUAAAUGCAAUAAUGAGCCUGUCAUGAGACGGAUAUAAGAAAACGUCUGAAAGGCGCUUUUUGAACGUUACGGCGAAUGUUUUCGGUGGAUUUGAUUUAAACGGAACGCGUCUGACCCACGAGUGGAGUUACAACCUUUAUAGAAGCAAAUAUACCCAGCGACAUGCUUUUGUGUGCCGUGGAGGGCAUCCUGUUGUGUUUAGGAUAACAUCUGCAAUGGAGUUGUGCAAACAAACAUGUGCAUCAAACACGCGGAUCUUAUUUCAUUGCCUUCGUUUUGGAUGUAAAGGACAGUUUAAUGCGUUUUCAAUGUAACUGCAGUUGAAUAACGAACCAUUUCUAUGAAACAUGAAGCAAAACAAAUGGUUCCUUGGUUACAGUUUGAUGGUUUUCUAUAACUGGGGUGUGUAAUGCGUUCUCCAGCACCAGUGAUGUUUCUCCAAGAUCCAGCUUACUCAUCAGUGGAGGACAUUUGAAUUACUGGAUCACUUUUGUUGCUUUAUUAAAAGUUAUUGCUGGUUGGUUAAAUGAAAGGCAGCAUGCAUCUUGGAGUUGAGGAAUCCAUUAGGGAGUGUCAGUACAAUCAGAUCUGUACUCAUAACACCUCACCCAUGGAGACCCCUCACACGACGAAGACGAAGUUCAAAAGGAAAUGGCAGGUUUUUCCUGGCCGAAAUAAGUUCUAUUGCAACGGUAGGAUCAUGAUGGCCAAGCAGACCGGGGUCUUCUACCUUACAAUGGUUCUCAUUCUGGUGACCAGUGGCCUUUUCUUUGCCUUCGACUGCCCAUUUCUGGCAUCUAACCUGACUCCUGCCAUCCCAGCCAUUGGAGGAGUGCUGUUCUUCUUUGUAAUGGGAAUGCUGCUCAGAGCAAGCUUCAGCGACCCGGGUGUCCUGCCCAGGGCCACACCAGAGGAAGCGGCAGACAUAGAGAGGCAGAUAGAUGCAGCCAAUGGUCCGAGUGGUCCAGGGUAUAGACCGCCACCCAGAACCAGAGAAGUGGUCAUUAAUGGUCAGACGGUCAAGCUGAAAUACUGCUUCACCUGCAAAAUUUUUAGACCACCGCGGGCAUCACACUGCAGCCUGUGUGACAAUUGUGUGGAGAGAUUUGAUCAUCACUGCCCGUGGGUGGGGAACUGCGUAGGGAGGAGGAACUAUCGCUUCUUCUACCUGUUCAUCCUCUCACUCUCCUUCCUCACACUCUUCAUCUUUGCCUUCGUCAUCACACACGUAAUACUGAGAUCCAACAGGACUGGCUUUCUCAGUGCUCUCAAAGAUAGCCCUGCCAGUGUUCUGGAAGUGGUGGUGUGCUUUUUUUCGGUCUGGUCCAUCGUUGGUCUGUCAGGUUUCCAUACCUACCUUAUCAGCUCCAAUCAGACCACCAACGAAGAUAUCAAAGGUUCAUGGUCAUCCAAACGAGGCAAAGGCAACUACAACCCCUACAGCUAUGGCAACUUCCUCACUAACUGCUGUGCUGCACUGUGUGGGCCUCUACCACCAAGUUUGAUUGACAGGAGAGGAUUUGUCCAACCAGACACCCCACAGCCUGCAGCCCAGACAAAUGGCACCGGUGCCUGCCUCUCCAAUCAAGUCCAGAGUCACAUGUGUGAUCAAAACCAGUGCAUUCAGAGCACCAAAUUCGUUUUGCAGGCCGCCACCAACCCGCUCCUCCACAGCCAGCCAGUCAUUCUGGGUGGAGGCCCCGCCCUGCAGGCCAAGACAUCUCUGGGAGGCCCGUGUUCUACUUUGGGGCCCUCUCAGCCCUCACUGCCCUCCUCUAUCCCCGGCCUGAGCUGUGGGGGAGAGCUUAUGGCCCUGCGGGACUCAGAGAUCCACUGUCACCAUCACCUCCACCAUCAACAUUUCAUCAGCCCGGAGGAGACGCCCUCUCCCCCUGAAGCGCUGCCCAGUGCCAGCCACCUGGGUCACCACAUUCAUCCGACACAGCUCUUUGACCCAGUCAGCCAGGACUCACUCCAUGAAGACUCGGUGCGGGGUUUGGUGAAGCUUAGCUCGGUGUGAACUAGUUUCAAUGUUGUCCUGCUGAACUGGACAAAAAGCCAUAUUUUACACACAUACAGCAGCCUCUACUGGACUUCAAUAAAACUUUGAUGGAGGCAGCAACCCUUAACAACUUUCUGAGUACCAAGAGAAGACCAAAAAUAGUCUUCCAACUCUACUAUUACACAACUGAGCUGUUUUCAAUAGCAGCUGCACUAAAAGUGGCAUUUUUACAAACUUUGAUUUGAAGCAAAAAUUUAUAUAAAAUUGGAAAAAAUACAAAGGGACCAGACUGUGUAUUUAUAUUAUUUAAUGAGGGAAUGAACUACUCAUUUCACAAAGCAUUGCGAAUGACAUAUCAUAAUCAAAUCAAAAACAGCAUACAAUAUUACACCAUUGAAUUUUGUUCAUACAUUUUAUGUGCAUUAUAAUAUAUAUAUAUACACACACACAUACAUACACACACAUACGCGCACACACACACACACACAGUUGAAGUCAGAAGUUUACAUACACCUUAGCCAAAUACAUUUAAACUCAGUUUUUCACAAUUCCUGACAUUUAAUCGUAGAAAAUAUUCCCUGUUUUAGGUCAGUUAGGAUCACUACUUUAUUUUAAGAAUGUCAGAAUAAUAGUAGAGAGAAUUAAUUAUUUCAGCUUUUAUUUAUUUCAUCACAUUCCCAGUGGGUCAGUUGUUUACAUAUACUUUCAUUGCCUUUAAAUUGUUUAACUUGGGUCAGAUGUUUUGAGUAGCCUUCCACAAGCUUCUCACAAUAUGUUGCUGGAAUUUUGGCCCAUUCCUCCAGACAGUGCUGGUGUAACUGAGUCAGGUUUGUAAGCCUCCUUGCUUGCACACGCUUUUUCAGUUCUGCCCACAAAUUUUCUAUCAGACUGAGGUCAGGGCUUUGUGAUGGCCACAUGUGAUGUGAAUACCUUGACUUUGUUGUCCUUAAGCCAUUUUGCCACAACUUUGGAGGUACGCUUGGGGUCAUUGUCAAUUUGGAAGACCCAUUUGUGACCAAGACUUAACUUCCUGGCUGAUGUCUUGAGAUGUUGCUUCAAUAUAUCCACAUCAUUUUCCUUCCUCAUGAUGCCACCAAUUUUGUGAAGUGCACCAGUCCCUCCUGCAGGAAAACACUCCCACAACAUGAUGCUGCCACACCCACAGUGGCUUCUUCCUUGCUGAGCAGCCUUUCAGGUUAUGUCGAUAUAGGACUCGUUUUACUGUGGAUAUACUGUAUACUUGUUUCCUCCGGCAUCUUCACAGGGUCCUUUACUGUUGGGAUUGAUUUGCACUUUUCGCACCAAUCUACAUUCAUCUCUAAGAGACAGAGAAUGUGUCUCUUUCCUGAGCGGUAUGAUUGCUGCGUGGUCCCAUGGUGUUUAUACAUGCGUACUAUUGUUUGUACAGAUGAACGUGCCUUCUGGCGUUUGGCAAUUGCUCCCAAGGAUGAACCAGACUUGUGGAGGUCCAAAAAUUUUUUUUCUGAGGUCCAGUCUGAUUUCUUUUGAUUUUCCCAUGAUGUCCAGCAAAGAGGCACUGAGU